AUGUAUACGUUCGGCAAUCAGUCCGCCGUAUUCAACUUCACCGGCACCUCGUUGCACUUCAACGUCGAGUACGCCUCCGUGAACCAAACAGGUGCAGCUAGCGGCCCUGGCGGUUCCUCCUCGAGCAAUCUAUUCUGGCACACCAGGCUCGUCAUCAACGGCACGGAGAUUGGCAAUGACGCCAGUGCGCUUGGCACUGAUGACCUGCCGAAUGGCCAGCACUACGUCGAACUGCAAUUCACCCGGCUAGACGGAAACGCGACGCGCGACUCGUACGCCAUGCUCCGGUCCGUGACGGGCAGCCUGGCACAGGAGCCAGGGCCCAACGCAUGGAAUCAAACCUUCGACGACAGCAUGCGCAACUCUAGCGUCGUGCUUAAUGAUGGCUGGAGCCGACUGAGCGCCGACACCGACAACCACCCUGAGACAAUCACGAACGAGACCCUCGCGGCGGCUGAGGAGCCGCAGCUUGCCCAGAGUUGGGAGGGCACGCUGGCUGUCGCAGAGCACCCCGGGGCGGCGGCACAGCUGAGCUUCACCGGCUCGGCUGUCUGGGUGUAUGGACCAUCUGGCGGACCGUUUGGCGAGUACAUGGUGCAGCUAGACGGCAAGGACGUGGGCCACUACGGCGCCAUGGGUGGCAACACGGCGUACCAGACGCUGCUGUACCACACCUCUGGACUGCGGGAAGGUCUGCACCGGCUCAAGCUCACUAGCAUCAAUGGCCGGAUCGGGUUCGACCGCAUGGUCUCUUCCAACGGACUUGUGACCCUCUCGGCGCCCAAGCAAGCCUAUGGGACUCUGGCUGUGCCAACGACCACAGUCGGCGCGACAACGCACGGUUUCAUUCCCAUGAAGAACACGGACAAGCCGACUGCGGCCGCGAGCAAGAGCAAGAGCAGCACGACCACUGCGAUCGCUGCGAGCGUGGGCACAAUCGGCGGCCUGAUUGUGCUGACGCUACUGGGCUUCCUUAUCUGGACGUGCUGCGUGCGCAAGCGACGUCGCGAGAACCGAUCGAACCGACCAGCGCAGUACCUCCCUGAAGAGCCUGGACGGUGGUACCUCCGCCGCAAGAGCCGAGGGUGGAAGUUCGAGCAGCUCGAGCCUGGUGUCUCGGGCGUCAGUGAAUGGAAGACGCCCUCGACAUCAUCCUUCGGGUCCUCGUUUCGCGAACCGAGGAGCCCGCCGAAGGCUCGUGCCAAGUCCCUGUUUUCGAGUAAGACACACCGUCACAACGCGCCAGAGUACGACAUGCAGCACAUGCAGCCCGUCCAAUCGGGCGGCGGGGGGCCAAUGGCUGCGGCACUGGGAGGAGCGAGCUCGCCGCUGAGCCAGCUGCAGAGCAAAUGGAAGAAGCCUCACUACAACAAGGCGAGCGAGAUCUCUGCCCCCCUCCCGCUGGGCACCAACUACGCUGAGCCGCGAGGCCAUGGGCGCACGAACAGCCAGGCGAGCAACGGCAGCCUGGGGAGCGACAUUCGCAACUGGUACGAGUGGUUUGGGGGUGUGUACGCGGGAUCUGGGGGCGCAAGCACGCACACAAGGCGUACGGACGUGGGCAUCGCAUCGUAG